ACCCCCACUUCAAACAUUUCCUCUCCUCCAUGCGUUCAUCCAGUCUUCUGUCUCUCUGUGGUGCGCGCUUGCUCCACAUCGCCGCACUGGCCCUUUAAAAGAGAGAAAAAAAAGAAAAAGCAAGUAAAGUUUCCCAGCGAACCAUUUUUCUCCCGGUUGCCAUAGCGAUGAGCGAGCACUUGGAGAGGUGCGGCGGUAUUGGGAUGCAGUGACAGCACUUCGCUAGCAUGUGAAUUCACACGCACCGCGAGUGAUGGAGGUUCUCCGCGCGAUGAGGGUUGUGAGGCCAGCGUGUUGAGCAGCGCACACACACCCACACGCACACACACACGCGCAUUCCCAGAGCAUGCCUAUGAGUCCUCCUGCCGACGGCAAACAUGAGGCUCCCGAUAGGCCGCGGCAACAGCACACCCCUACCAACGGUAACCACGGAGACGACAGCAUUCGGGCCUCUCCUGGGACCAAAUCCGCCUCCACCGAACCCAUGGAGGAUCUCCACGGAAACGUCGUCAUUAUCCGCAUUGGAAUCCCCGACCUUCAGCAGACGAAAUGUCUGCGUUUGGACUUGGAGGCUCCAGUGUGGGUUUGUAAGCAGCGAGUCCUGGUCACUCUGACCCAGAGCCUGACAGAUGUGCUGAACUAUGGCCUCUACCUCCCAGCCUUCAACGGCCGAGCCGGCAAGUUCCUAGAUGAAGAGAGACUGCUCAGAGAGUAUCCCUUCCCUACUGUCACGCCUGUACCUUACCUAGAGUUCCGCUAUAAGAGACGUGUUUACACUCAGAGCCAUGUGGAUGACAAGCAAUUAGCCAAACUCCAUACUAAGGCCAAUCUGAAGAAAUUUAUGGAGUGUGUUCAGCAGAGGAAUGUGGAGAAAGUCUGCAGGUUCCUGGAGAAAGGGCUAGAUCCUAACUUCCAUGAUUCAGAUAGUGGAGAAUCCCCACUAACCCUGGCGGCCCAGUUAGACUCAAGUGCUGAGCUGAUUAAAGUUCUGAGGAGUGGAGGAGCUCACCUGGACUUCAGAACCAGAGAUGGCAUUACCGCACUGCACAAAGCAGUACAGACGCACAAUCACGUAGCUCUAACUACACUGCUGGAUCUUGGUGCGUCUCCAGACUAUAAAGACAGUCGUGGGCUGACUCCUCUGUACCACAGUGCCAUGGUUGGGGGUGAUCCAUACUGCUGUGAGCUGCUGCUGUAUGAUCAUGCUCAGCUUGGCUACAGUGAUGAGAACGGCUGGCAAGAGAUACACCAGGCUUGUCGCCAUGGGAACGUGCAGCACCUUGAGCACCUGUUGUUCUAUGGAGCAGAGAUGAGUGCACAGAAUGCCUCAGGAAACACAGCGCUGCACCUUUGUGCUCUCUACAACCAGGACAGCUGUGCCAGAGUGCUGCUGUUCCGAGGAGCAAAUAAAGAAAUCAAGAACUACAACAACCAGACAGCUUUCCAGGUGGCCAUUAUUGCAGGGAAUUUUGACCUGGCAGAGAUCAUAAAGAUCCAUAAAACCUCAGAUGUAGAUUGUCUCUCUGUCGCAGUGCCUUUCAGGGAGAGUCCCUCAUACUCGUCACGGCGCCGCGGGGUGUGUGUGUCGCCGCGCCGCUCCCUGAUGCGUUCGGCCAGUGACAACGCUCUGGACGAGAGUCUACCUGCGCCCUCACCAGCACCGUCACUGCACAGCCUGCCCCCACUGGAGCCUGAUGACACAACGCCUGCACAGCGCAGCCCGCAAGGGGUGCACACACACACACGCAGCCUCAGGAGACAGACCCGCGGACACCUCAGCCCUGGCAGUCCGGUGCAGAGGGACCCCAGUCCCCCUGCUGUAUCACGAGGGCCAAAGCGGAGGCUGUACAGUGCUGUGCCUGGCCGUACCUUCAUCGCUGUCAGCUCACACACUCCGCAGGGUGAGGGUGAGAUCACACUCAACCGCGGGGAGAGGGUCAAAGUGCUGAGCAUAGGUGAGGGAGGAUUCUGGGAAGGUUCGGUUAAAGGACGAACCGGUUGGUUUCCUGCUCACUGCGUAGAGGAGGUCCAGUUGAGACAGUACGACCCACGUCUAGAGACAAGAGAGGAUCGCACCAAAAGGCUUUUCAGGCAUUACACUGUUGGCUCCUAUGACAACUAUACCUCCUACAGUGAUUAUGUGAUAGAAGAGAAAAGUGCCACACUGCAGAAGAGAGACAGUGAAGGAUUUGGCUUUGUUCUACGAGGGGCUAAAGCUGAAACUCCCAUUGAAGAGUUCACGCCGACUCCUGCAUUCCCUGCCCUGCAAUACCUGGAGUCAGUGGACCUGGACGGGGUAGCAUGGAGGGCAGGACUACGAACAGGGGAUUUCCUCAUAGAGGUGAACGGAGUGAGUGUGGUAAAAGUGGGACACAGGCAGGUGGUCUCUCUGAUUCGCCAGGGUGGUAGUCGUCUCCUUAUGAAAGUGGUGUCAGUCACACGUAAACCUGACACUGGAGAUGUUGUCCGCAAGAAAGCUCCUCCACCUCCCAAGAGAGACCCCAGCACAAGCCUCACUUUGCGCUCCAAAAGCAUGACCGCAGAGCUGGAAGAGAUGGCGUCAAGGAGAAGGAGGGGAGAGAAGUUGGAUGAGAUGCUGAGCUCACCAAAGGAGCCUGUAGUGGUGAUGAGGCAACGGCCCUCAGAGGUAGACUCCAGAGCAGCCACUGUGAAACAGAGACCAACCAGCAGACGCAUCACACAAGCUGAGAUCAGCAACUUAUUUGAGAGGCAAGGUUUUCCAGUACCUGCAGGAGUGUCUCUAGCUGUGGACAAAAGUCACAUGCAACUGCCCCGAGGGAUGUCCAGAACAAAAUCAUUUGGUGCACCAGAAGAUGAGAGAAUAUCUGCUUUAAUUGGGGAGCAUCGAUUCCCAAGAAGCUCUUCAAUGACUGACAGCUUCCGACAAGAUAGUAUCCCGCCUCCUCCACAAACCGCCCCUCCUCCCCCUCCAACGCCGUACUUUUUAGAUUCGGGCCCUCCCCCAUCUUUCUUGCCACCUCCACCCCCAACACGCACGGCCAAUCAGACCCGCUCGAGCUUCCGGCCUGGGGCAGAACCCAAGCUCCAUGGUCCUGUCACAACAGACCGCCAGCGUAAAGCUCGCUCUAUGAUUAUCCUUCAGGACACUGCCCACCUGCCAGUAGAGCCUGCCCCCAUUCCCCGGCCAGCAACACCUACCUCUGGGGCUGCUCCUCCUGAGCGUGGUCGUAGGCGUGGCCAGCCUGUGGAGAAUCCGUAUGCCAAUGUGGGCCGCUUGAGUGCAGUAUAUACCCCUGCAAAGCCUCAACGCAGAAAGAGCCCAUUGGUCAAACAAGGCCAAGUGGAGGAGGGUGCCCAGACUGCAAGAGAUCCCUCUCCUCUAGGAGGAGCACGAAUCCCCCACAGCAGCCGAGCUGAGCAGUUCCAGCAGCAAGUGCUCUCUGAGAGGGCCAGGAUCACACCCCCAGGGGCACGUCGCAGGCCCAGUGUGUUCCUCUCUGUGGAGGGGGGUGCCACAGAACCUCAAACCACCCCUUUGCUGUCCCAGUCACAUUCGGUGGAUGAGCUAGCAGAGCUGCCUCCACCGGCACCCAUGCUGUCACCUGGACCACCACCAGGGGGCUCCACCUUUAUUCAUCCUCUCACAGGACGGCCUCUGGACCCCUCUUCUCCCUUAGCACUUGCACUGGCCGCACGAGAGCGUGCCCUCAGCGGUCGGACCACCCCCACGCCCACGCCCACUCCUUCGCCAUCACCCACUCAGGGCAGAGCAGUCGAGAGACCAGAAACAGAAGGAGGUGUCACACCCCCAGCUGCUCUUGAGGCCUCAUCUUCUGACACCUGGAGGGAGGAGCCUGUCAGCAUUACUACAGAUACGGCUAGUCAGGUUACAAGCGGCAGCCCGGGAUCUGGGAGAAGUUUGGAGGAGACAUUGGUGCCGCCAACUGUGCAGAUUGUCCAGCCAGCGCUUAUGGAUACGGAGCACAGCCAGCCUGCAGUUCCACCUUCCAUGCCUUCACCCGCCCCAACCCUCUCAAACCUGGCGGGACGGAGCAUGACCAUGAGUUCAGAGGAAGAAGCCGAGCCCUACACAGUUACCUUGCCCCCAGCACUGCUGUCAUCCAGUGACGAAGAAACCAGAGAGGAGCUCCGCAAGAUUGGCAUUGUACCUCCACCUCAACCCUUCGCCAAUGGCCUUCUAAUAAAGGAAACACCCAAAGCCACUCUCAGCAUUUCUCCAGGGGCGUCACGGCCUUCCAUAGCAAAGACGUCUUCUGGCAAAGCAAGCGAUUCCACAGCAGACUCUGGCGUUGAGGACCCCCACAUGGAGACUACAAGUACUGUUUCUACAGUCUCCAGCAUGUCCACUUUGUCCUCGGAGAGCACGGACUCAGCUCAUGCCAGCAAGCCACGUUGUGGGGUGGGGCGUGGCCGCCCCGCCCAUCUCAGGGACCCACUGCUUAAACAGUCAUCAGAUAGCGAGCUGCUUCCACACCCGCCGAGCACAGGCCCUGCCCGCCCACGCUACCUGUUCCAAAGACGUUCCAAACUCUGGGGUGAGGAGCCCAGGGCUCAGGUCGGCAUAGGUGAUGAUAGUAGGCCUGCUGCAAUGGGGGCAGAGUUACUGAGUAAAGACACACAUUCUUUAGGGGAGGAGCCACCAAUGGGAGCACCACUUGACCCUGGCCGGAGAUCACCCGUGGGCGGCGCCAGAUGUGAGGAGAAUGGAGAAGAGAGUAAAUCGCUCUUCAGCAGCCUUGGGGAACUCCACACCAUCUCUCAGAGGAACUACGGCACUACUUUCACCAUCCGUCCCGGCAGCCGCUAUCCAGUGACCCGCAGGACGCCCAGUCCUGGAGCCACCCCGGAACGGAGCGAGCCUCUAGGGCCCGUGCGCACUUUUGGCCCCCACCAUCACCACCACCACCACACCAUUCUCAAGUCGUCCAGCCUGAGCCUGCCGCAGGAACCCAAGGAGGUGCGCUUUGUCAUGCGGAGUGCCAGUGCCCGUGCCCGCAGCCGCUCACCUUCCCCGUCGCCCUGCGCCUCCCCUUGCCCCUCCCCGGUACUGGGUGCUCCGCUUCUGGCCUUGCGGCCCUUCAGACAGCGCCCUCUGGCACUGUGGAGCAAGUAUGAUGUGGGCGAGUGGUUAGAAAGCGUGGGACUAGGGGAGCAUCGAGCUCGCUUCUUGGAGCAUGAGAUCGAAGGCGCCCAUCUGCCCGCCCUCACAAAGGACGACUUGGCGGAACUGGGAGUGACACGGGUGGGCCACAGGAUGAACAUAGAGCGUGCACUCAAACAGCUGUUGGAGAGCUCAGGAGCAUGAUAAAUUCCAUAGAAUACUGUUCAACAAAGUCCUUGCCAAAUUGUAUCAGUUUUACCUGCAGGCCACUUCCAAAUGUUCUACUGAGACUUCAGCUUAAAAAUGUCCUUAUCUUCAGACAGCCCCACCUUCUGAUCACUUUACAAAUUUCCCUCACAAUUCUCAACCUCUCCACGACCGACUAUCCACCCAAGUCACCCAACCUGAUUUAACUAAAUGCUAAGGUACCAUCCAAGCACAUUCCCAAAUCUUAAGGCCUAUUUAACCUGAAUUUUGUGUGCAGACUGUAGACCUAUUGUGCUGUUUUGUGGUCCAUAGGUACAGUUUGAAAGUUAUCUGUGAUCAAUGGCCAUGAGCACGAGAGAGAAUUACGAUUCAAAACGGAACAGACAGAAUAGCCAUUUUCAACCAGCAUGACACAUAAAUUCAGUGGAAUUCUAAACAUGUGAGUAUGUGGAACAAAAUACACUUGGACUGGAUGCCAUAAUUUAAAGAAGAGAAUUAAGGAUAUUUACAUUUCGCAACUAUGUAUUGGGAGCAAAAAAGCCUGUAGACCUUUUAAUGCCAAUGCUUCCCAGUGUCCAGGGUUUACAGUAUAUAAUAUAUACUCACAGUAUUGUUAGUCAGAAAAUAAUGCCAUACUGGUAACUGCAUAUAUUACAUACCACAUCUAGACUAGGCAUGUAAAUGUACAUGUCAGAGCGUGAAAGAGUCAAAAGACAAUCUCCUUUUAAAGGUGCACUAUGUAGGAAUAAACUUCUAAGCAAUCCAUUGCUUUCAGAGGAAGCCAUCAUUGUGGAUAGUAUGAGCUAAUAUUUCUGAAUGUGUAUGUUUGAACUGGUUCUGACAUGGUUUAACAUGUAAUUAGUUAGUCCUUGAUAUUUAUAACAUGCACCCAUGUUGUAAUAUUGAUUUCCUAAUGAAAUGGCCAGGGGGAGAACUAUGGUAGGAAGUAAAAUGGGAGCUAACAAAUGUUCAUUUUAUUGGCAAGUUAUGAUGAUGUUUUAGCUUGAGUGUAAUGUAAAAAUCCAACAUAAUGCACCUUUAACCCUGCUACAACCUUUCAUAAUACAAGUGUGGCCUUGAGAUAAUACUGCCGCCAUCUAAAUUUGAUAAAGAAGAAUAUUUUCAGUGAAUACAUUCAAUUUUAUAUGUAUAUGAUAUAUAUGGGCUUAUAUAUUCAAAGAGAAGAAUGUAUGAGUGUUAACUGAAAUAUGUGUCUUAUGCCCUGUGCGAUUGUGUAUAUUUGGUCAUAUUUUAUCUUUGUUAUAUUAAAUAUUAAGUAAUGACAUAAGCCCAAACAUAGUUACUCUCUUCCCCAUAGUAUUACUUGUGAUUUCUUAGAGCUCAGAUAUCUGCAGUAAAGAAAACACAUUUCUUAAACAUGGAAAUGUUUAAUUUAAAAAAAAAAUGUUGAAUCACCCUUUGGUUUUGUCAUUUAUGAAUAAAUGUGAGGUGAGAUUGUAUAUUGACUAUUUAUUUAAAUCAGAGAGGCACUUAAAUACUAUGGGGAGUAGGUAGCACUUUCUUUGUUACCUUUUGUCUUCUAUAUGGAAUAACAAGCUAAAUCACUGUCGUGAUUUAAUGAUGAUUUGUAACAUUUGAUUAUUGGAAUGUUAUUUUGUGUAAUUGCUAAAUUUGGAAUUUCGUUUCAAUAUAGGCUUUGGUUGAGAUUGAUUGAGCAAAAAAUGUAUGCUACUUAAGGGCUUACAAAGUAAUAAUCAGAAACUAUGGUAGUUAUUACAGUAUUUUUUAUUUUUUUUUUGCCGAUCAAUGCAGAUGUGAACUGACAUUUGGACAGCAACUUUUUAGGAGAAAAGACGGAUGCUUGAUCGCCACACUGUUGUGGAUUAUCACUGAGCAUCACGUCUAGGGUCAAUUUUAAGCUACAAGAGCCAUGAAAUACCAAUAACACUUGAAGGGGAAUGUGCAGCUUUCAAUUUAUGUUUGAAAAAAAUCAGAUUGAAACUGUGAAAAUCAAGCUAGGUUUUCUUGUAAUUCUGUGCGAAUUGGAGACUAGCCAUUCGAGUAUUAGUAUUAUUAUAUUAACAUUAUCCGAUAUUUUUGUGGACGGCCCUGAUCUGGCUGACAGAUUGAAGUGCAUUUGAAGUCCAGCACAGUAACAUAAUUCAAAUUGUCCAGUCCCUUUUUCCAAUCACCAAAGUACUUUAAGAUCUAAUGCUAAAUGCAGAGUGUUUUGUUUCAGAUAGGCCUAUUCCAGUCGAAGCUACCAUGUAAGUCGAGACCCACACUUGUCUCUCGUCCAGAUGAUGGAUUUGCACAAAGUGGAGGGUGCUACUUUUUAUAAGCCAUCUGCAUAGAACACUGCUGUUCUCUCUCUCUCUCUCUCUCUCUCUCUCUCUCUCUCCUUCUCUCUCUCUCUCUCUCUCUCUCUCUCUCUCUCUCCCCUUCUCUCUCUCUCCUGCUGUCUUCUGUACCAGUCUAAGGUUUGGACUCCUCUGGUUGAAUGUUUUUCUCGAUCUUAAAGACGUCUUAGAAACCCAUCACUGUUGUCGGAACAUAACCUCAUAUCUCCAAAAUGUUGACUUUACAGGAGAUGGAAAAAUCAUACUUUACUUUUAAUAUAGAAUUUUUUCAAAGUCAUUUUGGGUCGUUUCUUUUAGGCCAUUCAUCAUGAAAUUUGCACACAAUGUAAAGGACAACAGUCAUUUUCAAAAUAUGCCAAAAACUGAAAAAUGGAGAUACAAGGUUUUCUUGUGACAGCAACAAUGUACAAAGUAAUGAUGCCUGUGUAUGAUUUUAUUUCCAAAUUGAUUAAAACACGUAGACACCCUGUUGAGUGCAAGUAGUUGCCCACCAGAGUAUACUAGGUGGCUCCUCACCAAAUGUACAAAGCUGUAACAAGCAAUGUGGGGCUGUUUUGAAGAAUCUAAAAUAUUGCUUCAGACUUUUUGGAUCCUGCAAAAUUUCUAUUAUUCUCUACUAAAAGUGAAAUGUAAAAAAAGAAAGUUUAAUAGGCACGUUCAAACUUUUGACUGGUAUAGUUUACUUAACAGUACCCCUCAUCAGUGCACAGCUGCCAACCUCUGUGUGCUUUUAGAAUUAGAGAGACCUCCAUAGUGUCAAAGAGCUGAUGAGCUGCUGAAACAAGUAACUACUAGGGUGAACAGCCAGUGCGUGGCACCGACUUACUAACUGAACAACUCAAAGGACCUCUUCCUUUGGACUUUUGAUGUUUUUGUAUUCAUUGUUGAAUUAAGUCGUUCAAAAAUACAAAGUUCUAAACCUGUAUGCUUUCAAGAGAAAACUGUACCCGAGUAAGUUGACAUGUUUAGCACUGAAAAAUCCAUUGCUCAGGCUGUGAGAGUCUAGCAAGUGAUCUGGCACCCUCUCCUGGAUGAAAUGAAGGAGUCUGGCCGUUUCUGUGUUGUGUUCAAUCAAAUUCUAAAGCUUCAGUCCUGGAGUGCCGCAGAGAUGUACUGUGAAUCAUUUUCUCUGCUUGUUCACACCUAGUUUGGCUAAUGAAGGGCUUGAUAAUCAGCUGAUAAGCUAGAUCUGGUGUGUUAGAGCAGGGAAAAAAUGUGAUUCUGCAGUGUUCUGGAUCCCCAGGACUGGAACUAGAGAAUCAUAUUCUAAAGCAAUCAAAGCAUUUAAGCAAAAGGAAAAGUUGAUGUAAAUGAUUCUGUCUGUGAAAUGUAGUUGAUCAUGUUAGGUUAAAAAGGUGUUGAAAGGUCAGUCACGUUCACUAUAAAGUUAUAUACAGUUAUAUAGAAACAGUGAAACAAAUGUUUCACUUAGGAACUCGAACAUAAGUAAAACACGGCCUUCCAGGAACUCGCCGUUUCUGUCCUUUCCAUUCUUAAUUUAUGGCUCCUCACAAUCCAAGGGGGGUGUUCAAAUAAAAAAAAAAAAAAGGUGUUUUAAGUUUCAUGUACAACAGUGUUUUUGAUAAAGGAAACAUGAUGAAA